CUCGCAUUCCCUGGAAUGCAGGAUUUGUUUAAUGAGAUUACAAGUCGACAAUCGAGCUCUGGGACCAGUCAACUUAUCGGAGAUCUCACUGACGGUGCUACCACUACAGUGGGAAGACGGGUGCGCGAUUGUAUCACAGAAGGCUCAUCAUGUGAACUCCAGGCCCGAAAGAACUACGAGCGUCCCGGAAGCCUAGGCAGUGCCGCAUGUCAAGGUGAUCCAUGUUGUGCCUGGGAUUUUGUUCAGGAAGGUCUGGUCGACAGAUUCAGGAAUGAAAACGGAACCUGUAAUGGUCUUGCCCGAGCAGCGGUGAGAUUAGGAUUUCAUGACGCCGGUGCAUGGUCGACAACAAGCGAUUAUGGCGGCGCUGAUGGUAGCUUGCUACUGAGUUCGGAUGAAAUUAACCGAGCAGAGAACAAUGGUCUUCAAGAGAUUCGAUCCGAAGGUUUGCGCAUACUGGAUAGGUACUCAAGCAAUGGGAUCUCAGCUGCGGACUUGGUGCAAUUCAUGCACAACGUCGCCACAGUGACCUGCCCUUUGGGCCCAAGAUUGCUGACCCUGGUAGGACGAGAGGACAAUGAGGAAGCAAACCCCAGGGGUCUUAUUCCAUCCAACAAUGUUACAGAUGCAAACUACCUUAUCGAGUUGUUUGAAAACAAGACAAUCUCACCUCGAAAUCUAGCUGCCCUCCUGGGAGCACAUACCGUGGCCCAGCAAUUUGAUGUAAAUCCCGCGCUUGCAGGCCAAGGACUAGAUUCAACCCCAGGGGUGUGGGACAUGAAUUUUUAUCAAGAGAUGGCACUUCCAACUUCUCCUCCGGGCGUAUUCCGACUGCCAAGUGACGAAGCACUUUCCUUAGCUGACGGCAUUUCUCAAAGGUUUGAUGCAUUUACCGAUGCUACAUCUGGUCAAACAGUGUGGAACGCGCAAUACUCAUCGGCAUAUGUGCGCCUAAGUUUGCUUGGCGUGAACAAGAUCAACCAGCUUACCGACUGCAGUCAUGUUCUGCCUGAUGCAAUCACUUCAUUCUCAGUGUCA